GCUAGCGAAUUGGUGGAGAUAAACUCAAGGUACGCCCUCUAGUAAAUGACCAGGAGAAGGGCUGAGAUACAGUGUUACCUUCUCGAUGCAAGCAAUUAUCGAAAUGAAAUUUCUGUCGAUUCAUAUUGUCUUUGGUGACAUCAAAGACGCAGGUAGCCGAAGUCAAGCAACAGGCAAAGGUGGGUAACUAAUAAGCAAGGGCUUAGUAUAUAGCUCUACCACAAGUACCUAUGGAUGCUUUAUGCUCUCCCCCUUCCCCCUUUUCCCCCUUUACUUUAUUCAUUGCCAUAUACCCUGAUCGACUAUUGCAAGCAACUUCAACAACCUGAAGGAAUUUCAACAUCCCCUCUCAUCCCUCAUUGCAAUGAGAGAGUAUCAUGGAUUCUCUUGGUGGUAACAUUUUACCCCCCGAUCCUCACACCAAAAUCUAUAUUGCUGGAAUAGGUAUUAUCUUAUUGGUGGGCUUAUGCUUUUCUUCACUACGCUCUAAGAAUGCAACGGACAACGAGAACCCUAGUCUCGCGCAGUCCUUGUGGCUAUUCUUCUACUCAUGUUUCCUUAAACCGCACAAUGGCGAUGCCAACGGCAACCAGCAGGAUGCCCUGGAGAGCUUCUACAAGAAGCAGGCCGGUGUGUACGAUACUACGAGGAAGGCCCUGUUAAAGGGCCGCGAGGAUAUGCUAGCUUUAGCAGCGGCUCAGCUUGCCCACAGAACGGGAAAUGGCGAUGAGAAGAAGCGUAUUUGGGUUGAUGUUGGUGGAGGGACUGGCUUUAAUAUCGAGGCCAUGUCAAAAUUCGUCGACGUAGCCCAGUUCUUCGAAGCUGUUUACCUCGUUGACUUCUCCCCGUCUCUCUGCGAAGUGGCGCGCAAGCGUUUCGAGAGACUCGGGUGGAGCAACGUGAAGGUCAUCUGCCAGGACGCGAGGAAAUUCCGCCUGGAAGACCAUGAGCCGGGAAGACGCCCUUCUGGGUCACCGGAUCCGAGUUAUUACUAUCAGGAAAAGCCCAGACAUAGUGGUGCCGACUUGAUCACCAUGUCUUAUAGCUUGUCGAUGAUCCCCGACUAUUACUCUGUUAUCGACUCGCUACCGUCGCUGUUGGCCCCGAAUGGUAUCGUGGGCGUGGUUGAUUUCUACGUUCAAUCUCAAAUCGACGUCAACUUCCGAAACUAUACCGGCGGUUCCGUCAACCGUCAUGUCAAUUUCUUUGGCAGGACAUUCUGGCGUGCCUGGUUUGACAUGGACCGAGUUGCCUUGGAACCCGGCCGACGUGAUUACCUCGAGUACUCCUUCGGAACCGUGCUGAAUGUCAAUAACCGGAAUUAUGUCCUUGGCGCUAUCCCCUAUUACAUCUGGCUGGGUACUCACAAGCAGUCACCCGCAUCUAACCUUCCACAUGAACUUGUUGAGAAGGUAGAUGCGUUGGUCACCGAGUCACCUUAUCUCCAUCCCGCCAACCAUUCCGCCGCUCUGUCUCGUGCGGUUGACAGGGCUGCGCCAGAGAUACGAUCUAAGGCUUUCGAUGCGGCCAUUAUCAACAUCUCUUCCAAUCUGCCGCUCCCGUCCUUCUUUUACCAGAACCACCACUACAGGAUCUAUUACGAUGACCAGCUCAAGAAGCAUACUCAGUUCAACGACGAGUACAUCUACGCCUUCACAUGGGAAGAUACCCGCGUGGACCAGCGCAUCCUCAAGCUGAGCUCCGACGACGUGGUGCUGGCCAUCACCAGCGCCGGCGAUAACAUUCUCUCGUACGCGCUGCAAAGCCCCGCAAGAAUCCACGCCGUCGAUCUCAAUCCCACGCAAAACCACCUCCUCGAGCUCAAGGUGGCCGCGUACCUGUCGCUCCCCUACGCAGACUUCUGGAAGAUCUUCGGCGAGGGCAAGCACCCCGAAUUCCGAUCCUUGCUCGUUUCUAAGAUAUCGCCUCACCUGUCCAGCCGCGCGUUCCAGUACUGGCUCAACAACCACCACAUCUUCACCAAGUCCAAGGGCGGCUUAUACGAUACGGGCGGCUCGAAGCACGGGAUUCGCAUCUUCCGCUGGAUCUGCUACGUCUUCGGGUGCCGCUCCGCAGUGCAAGAGCUCCUCGGCGCCAGGACGCUCAACGAGCAGCGCGAGGUGUGGCGGCACAAGAUCCGGCCCGCCUUACUCUCACGCCUCGUGUCCAAGUUCGUCGUGAGCCAGGAGGCAUUCCUGUGGACAGCUCUCGGGGUUCCAAAAAACCAGCUCGCGAUCAUCGAGGCCGACCACGCGGAGUCGGACGCCGUGCGGGGGCCCGACGCGCGCGCUCAGAACACGCGCUCGCACGCGAUCUGGGAGUACAUGGUCAACACGCUGGACGCGAUGGUCGAGUCGACGCACAUCGCGGCCGACAACCCGUACUACCUCGUCUGCCUCGACGGCCGCUUCACUCCCCGCUGUCAUCCGGACUACCUCGCGCCGCAGGCCCACGCGCGGCUCUCACGCCCCGGCGCCUUCGACGGCCUGCGCAUCCACACGGACGAGAUCGACCAGGUGCUCGCGCGCAUCGCGCCCGGCACGCUGACGGUUGCGGUUGUCAUGGACAGCAUGGACUGGUUCGAGCCCGGCGCCAGCGAUGCCGCGGCGCAGAUUGCCAAGCUGAAUCGUGCGUUGCGACUAGGAGGUCGUGUGAUGUUGAGGUCGGCGGGGUUGCGCCCCUGGUACCUUGCCGAGUUCGAGCGCCAUGGGUUCGUGGCGAAGUGUGCAGGUGAACGCACGCCUGGCGCUUGCAUUGAUCGCGUGAACAUGUACGCGAGUUGCUGGGUAUGCACGAAGCGUGAGGAUUUGGUGCCGGGCGUGGUUGGGGCCGAGAUCACGGCUUUGCGGAUCUGAAAAGGGUUCAAAAAAUGUGGGCUUGGUCUUUGGAUGAUUUUUUUUUAAAACGAAGGCAAGGAAAUUCUUUCGUUGUUGUCGCUCAUUAGUCCUGUUACAUGACAUGAUGUUUUGCGUCAGGGUAGGUAGGUGAGUUAUGCGAGAUAGGAACGCCGCAUUAGGGGCAAGACGGCGGCCUCCUUUCCUGUGGCCAUUAGUGCUGGCUUACCUCGGAUUAUUUUAUCAAAAAAGAAAAGUAUAACACGCAAUGACAAAUUAAUAUAAAUGAUUUAUUUAUCAACAUGAUAUAAGUGAUACACCCAUACCCGGGUAGG